GUGGAAACAUGAAAACAGAGAUUUUGCUCGAGUGGUUGACGAUCUAUCUGUUAUUCAAACAGCGAGCCGAUGCAGUAUUAUUGAAUAUAAACGAUGGUUCCAUAUUGGGAGGAACCGGUAGUACUGUGGAGAACAAUGAGAUGUAUUAUUAUUUCCGGGGAAUACCAUAUGGAGAACCGCCCUUGGGGGAUCUUCGAUUUGAGCCGCCUGUAGCCAAAACGCCUUGGGAGGGAACUAUUGAUUGCACCACAGACGGAAGUCGAUGCAUUCAAGAAAGUAAUCCAGUCAUUGGUUCGGAAGAUUGCCUCUUCAUCAAUGUUUACACACCAUCGUUAACCGGUUCGCUGGCAGUUCUGGUAUACAUACACGGAGGAGCUUUCGUGUCUGGUGACACGACCUACGCCCAACUCGGUCCGGACUAUUUCCUUGAAGAAGGUCUCGUGUUCGUCUCCUUCAAUUACCGCUUGGGCAUCUUCGGAUUCAUCGGUACGGAGGAUUUGACCUGCCCCGGGAAUGUCGGGCUCAAAGAUCAAGUGUUGGCAUUGACUUGGGUGCAGAGGAAUAUCGCCUUUUUUGGUGGGAAUCCACAGAACGUCACUAUUUUCGGUGAAAGCGCAGGGGCAGCAUCUGUGGCCUAUCACGUGCAAUCAGAUAGUUCAAGAGGUCUCUUUAGUGCGGCCAUUUUGGACAGUGGCACGUCACUUAGCCCAUGGGCUCUCAACAGACGAGCAAGAGAGACGGCAUUUGCUGUUGGAGCAGCGUUAUCUAUCGUGGCAUUAGACUCCGAGAAUUUGAUCAAUGGCUUGAGGAAAAUCAACGCUACUAUCUUGCAGUCAAAGGCUUCUGAGGUUUCAACAUUGAUAAUGCUUCAAAACGCACUGGCUGGUCUUCAAUUUGGCCCAGUCAGAGAACCUGUGCAUGAUGGAGCAUUCUUCACAGGCGAAUCUGAAGAUUUGUUGUCGAGAGGACAAUUCAAUCAAGUACCAUGUUUGAUGGGUGUAAACUCUAACGAAGCUGCUAUUGUGCACGAAGUAACAGCCUUUCUACGUCUGUACGCCGACUUCUACGAAGUGAAGACUAAUGAUCUUGCUCCAGUAGAUUUAACAGACGACCCAACGAAACGUUUUUUGGCAGCCAACGUCAUUAAAUGUAGAUAUUUCAACUGUACCAUCUCAUUAUCAGCGUCCGGAAAUAUCAUCCAGUUUGUUAGUGAUGAUCAAUUCAACAGACCCACAAGAAAAGCUGUUUUGGAUUUGUCCAGAUUUGUGCCAGUGUAUUUCUAUGUCUUUUCCUAUGAGGGUAUGUUAGGAGGAGUUGCCGAUCGGUCUCUACCAGGAGUUGGACAUACAGAAGAGCUAGGAUACCUUUUCAGACAAUAUUAUACAGAUGUCCCAAAUACCGAUAAUUUGAUGAGAAAAAGAAUGGUCAAAAUGUGGAGCAAUUUUGCGAAAGUCGGUAAUCCUACACCAACCAUAGAUGAGCUUCUUCUGGAUGAAAUAUGGCUGCCUGUAGAGCUGGAUCACUUAUAUUACAUGAAUAUCGAUGCAAAUAUGGAAUUGUUGGAAAAUCCAUUCAGGAAUCAGAUGGAAUUCUACGACAGAAUUUAUAAAACAUUUGGUACACCGCCGUAUGAUACAUUCUGAUUUUAUUGUGAUAUAUUUUUCAUUUUCGAGAAUAUUGUCUGUGUGUCUUAUGAAUAACAAAGCAUUGUGAAGGCUAGUCAUCCUCUUGAGACACACCAUAAUUUAGUGUUUUCGUACUGGGUAGUCAUUCUGAUCAAAUUUUGAAUAAGUCUACAAAUAUAAAUAGAAGUGUGAAUACCUAGUUGUAGUUCUUAGUGUACUUCGGGAAUUGGUAUCAGAAACACAAGUGAUAACCAUCAAGUUCAACACUCUGACUGCCAUGUCAGUCAUUUUUGACCGACAGCUUGAUCUCGUGUUGAGCUGAUGCAGUUUCAUUGGAUCGAACAGGUCAGGCCACUGAGGCCACGCGAAAUUUCCAGAGUAGGGGGCAUCUAAGUGAUUAUCUAAGCAUAUUGCUGCUCAGACAUUAUGAAGUCGUUCUGGGGUACAGAAGGGCAUAUAAGGAUGUCAGCCAAAAUUGACCGACGCGGUCUGACAAUGCAAUUUUUUUCAAUGUAUAUAAGUAAUAGUGCAUGAUAUACUCCUAUUUGUUAUUAAAUUAUCGAUAAACUCACAGGGGUUGAAACAUAACAGCAAGGAUAAAACUCGGAAAGCUAGAAAAAUUGUUCAAUUUGUUACAAAAAUCUCGUGAAACAAUAGGGGCUGAAAAUGAGGUGAAGAGAGUGCGGACGCAUUGAGAAGGCUGCCAAGAGAUGCCUUCUAUGUGAAUUGAAUGUCAUGUGAAAACCCAUUCCAACAAUAAUUGGAUUCAGAUAUAUUCAUGAGUUAUUUCGCAUUUUAUACAAUAAACGUUUUUGAGGCAUCAUUGUAGGUAUAAAUUUCAUAGUGAGCACCACAAAAAAAAUGACAUACGUUCAUUUGAGCGCCGCGCAUUCAGAUCUAAUGGAGAUUUGAAUGCAUCGUCGGCCGUUUUCGCAUGACACGGCUCGAACUAAAACUUCUACUGUCGGUUAAAAAUCACUGCCAAGCACCGUUUUUUAUAAGUCACCGUCGAUCACAUAUGACUGACAAAGCCUGUAAUAGGGAGAGAACAACAGGGUUCCGGGUUCCGGCAGCCAGAGUGUAAGAUAUAUUGUACUGAUCUGAUAUUCUAUUUGUAGGAAUUGCAAAUGCACCUCAUGCACUAGGUCGUACACCCAAAAAUUGAGGAAUUUAGUGUGAGAAUUUGUUUC